ACCUGAGAGAGGCCCCACCUGUCGCAAUGAGUGGAAAACACCCAGGCCGCGAAGCAACGGGGCGGGUACAAAAGGAGAGUGUGGGGGCAGAGUGAACCACUCCACCAUGAAGACUCUGUUCGUGUUGGCGCUAGUGGUGGCCGCGGCCGCCGCCAGGGACCUCAAUGGGGCCAAGGUGCUGAGGGUGGUGCCACAGACCGAGACGCAGCUGCGCUUCCUCGUGCAGCUGCUCCAGGGCGGCGACUAUGACUUCUGGAGCGAGCCGCGCGGCGUGGGUGCCCCUGUGGACGUGAUGGUCACCGCCCAGCAGCUGCCCAAGUUGGCCGCCCACUUCAACCGUAGCGGCCUGAAGGCUGAGCUGCGCCUUGGGGACGUUGGCCGCCUGGUGGAGGAGCAGAAGAAGGAGAGGAGCAACGGCCGGGCCAUGGACUGGACCUCGUACCACACCUACGACGAGAUCAACGACUGGCUCGCCUCCCUGGUCUCCACUUAUCCCACACUCUGCAGCAUCGAAGCCGUGGGCACCUCCUACGAGGGUCGCACCAUGAACCUGCUCACCAUCGGCAAGGGCGGCGCCGACAAGCCCGGAAUCUUCAUCGACGGAGGCAUCCACGCGCGUGAGUGGAUCUCCCCCGCCACCGUCACCUUCAUGGUCAACGAACUGGUCACCAACAGCGCGACCUACGAUGACAUUCUCUCCAACGUCAACUUUUACGUUAUGCCGGCCAUCAACCCCGACGGAUACGCCUACACCUUCUCCGACGAUCGUUUAUGGCGAAAGACCCGCUCCCCCACCGACUCCGCGCUGGGCUGCGUGGGAGCUGACCCCAACAGGAACUGGGACCACCACUGGAUGGAGGUCGGCGCGUCCAGCAGCCCCUGCGCUGAAACGUACGCCGGGCCCACGCCAUUCUCAGAGGUCGAGAUGCAGGUUGUGAGGGACCAGAUCAACCGGUACGCCUCCACCGUCAAGGCCUACCUCACCUUCCACUCCUACUCCCAGCUGUGGAUGUACCCCUGGGGCUACACCUCCGCCCUCCCCGACGACUGGCAGGACCUGGAUAACCUCGCCCAGGAUGCCGUCUCUGCCCUCACCGCUGUCUACGGCACCACGUACGAGAUUGGGUCCUCCACCAACACCAUCUACGCUGCCGCCGGAGGUUCAGACGACUGGGCCAAGGGCGUGGCUGGAGUCAAGUACGCCUACACGAUUGAGCUCCGCGACACCGGCAACUUCGGGUUCCUGCUCCCCGCCAGCCAGAUCAUUCCCUCGGGUGAGGAGACCUUCCAGGGCCUCCUCGUCGUGGCCAACUUCAUCAAGGACACGUACAGCAAGUAAGAAGGACGAAGAACGUACGUGGCGGUGAAGAGAACAUGAAGAAAGAGAACUGUAGGAAGGUUAAACACACAAGAAUGAGAACGAGUAAGAACAGAAGGCGGUGGAAUGAAAACGACAACAAAAAUGAAGAAACAAGGAAAAGGUCACCAAUACAGAGUUAACAUACAAUAAAGACCUGAAAACAUCAUAAAAAUCCUUCAAUUCACUCCAUGGCAAGACUCCAUUAACGCUACACAGACGCCGCUACUGGGUAACAAAAAUGAAGAAACAAGGAAAAGGUCACCAAUACAGAGUUAACACACACAAUAAAGACCUGAAAACAUUAUAAAAAGCCUUCAACUCACUCCAUGGCAAGACUCCCAUCAGCGCUACUGGGCAACAAGGAUGAAGAAACAAGGAAAAGAUCACCAAAACAGAGUAAAAACCCACAAUAAAAACCAUGAGACAUAUUAAAAAGCCUUGAAUUCACCCAAUAGCAAAUCUCCAUCAGCUCUAGGGCAAAGCAGAGAUAGAAAACCGAAGAAAAGGUCACCAAAUAAGAGUAAACAAAUAUAGCAAAGACCUAAAAACAUCGUGAAAAGACCCGCACUUACUCCAUUGCAAGACUCCAUCAGCUCUAGGGCAAAGCAGAGAUAGAAAACCGAAGAAAAGGUCACCAAAUAAGAGUAAACAAAUAUAGCAAAGACCUAAAAACAUAGUGAAAAGCCUUGUACUUACCCCAUAGCAAGACUCCAUCAGCUCUAGGGCAAAGCAGACAGAAAAAACGAAGAAAAGGUCACCAAAUAAGAGUAAACAAAUAUAGCAAAGACCUAAAAACCUCAUGAAAAGACUCGUACUUACCCCAUAGCAAGGUCCCAUCAGCUCUGCGCGUCCUUAUAACAUCCUUGACCACUUGGGAAGCAUCAUAGGACACCCCAAACCACCACCACCACCACCAAAGGAUAACACCACCUCCUACUGUCCUACACCGCCACCUCCAGAUCUGCGCCAGCUGUUGUCUCGAGUUUGUGCUUCGAAGCUUCAAAACAAAAGAGCAACGCCGCAAAGAAAUUUCAAGAUCCCUCAAGACCUAAGCAAUCAGUUUAUUUUUAUUACCUGCUUCAUUUUUUUUCUUAUAGGGGGAGAAAAUAUCAAUAAAACUCACGCAGACUGGCUAA